GUGUAUCUGACACACAGUUGAAACAGUUGAGACAUAAAAGCAGAAAGUUGACUGCUCUGUUAAACCCAACAGAACUUGAGACAAUGGCAGAUAUAAAACACGGAGGAUGGAGUCAUACAAUGUACACUGAUAAGGAAACUCAGUGGAUUUGCGAUCAGGUGAGGAGCCUCGUGCAGGGAAAGACCAACAAGAUCUACCAGGAAUACAGAGCAGUUUUAUCCAGGAAUCAGCCUGUGAAAGGAACAAACUACCUCUUCCAGGUUCGUGUUGGAGAGCGCAGCUACAUUCAUGUUCAGGUCUACCAAGCACUUCCCUGUGACGGAGGACAUCUUGAGCUGAAAGGUGUCCAGGAGGACAAAACCCAAGACCACCCCCUCGAACCUAUCAGCAAUUAAAUACUUACAGGCUGCAGUCUCUCAAUAAGAUGCUCUCAAAUGAUUCUUCCUUAUGUUGCUUUACAAUACAUCAUUUUACAUCUGGAAUGUAUUAAAACAUAAGUAUCAAGACUUCUGCUGUUUGGAAGGAGCAAACUGACUGCACUGCCAUCUAAAGAAAUAAAGGAUGGAUGCAUUAA